GAUGACGGCGCAGGAGCUGGAGGAGCUGCGGAAGCAGCUGGGCACCGUCGCCACCACCUCCGCCGCCCUGCAGCCUCUGGAGUUUGUUCGAAAGACGCUCAGAGAGAAGCAGAACAAGAAGAAUUCUGGCCAGCUCGUCCCAUCGUUUCCUGCCUGGGUGUACGAGAGACCAGCGCUCAUUGGGGAUUUUCUCACUGGCUCCAGUUUGAGCACAGACACAACAGUGCCCAUAGGAUCGUUACCCCUGGCGUCCCAAGAGUCUGCGGUCGUGGAGGACCUCUUGUACGUGUUGAUCGGCGUGGAUGGCAGAUACAUCACUGCGCAGCCCCUUGUUGGGAGAGAGAACCGCACUUUCCUGGUGGACCCUAACUUGGACAUGUCUGUCAAGGAACUGGUCACCCGGAUCCUCCCCGUGGCUGCAAGUUACUCCAUAGUGACAAGGUUCAUUGAGGAGAAGUCCUCCUUUGAGUACGGGCAGGUCAACCACGCCCUGGCGGCCGCCAUGAGGACCCUGGUGAAGGAGUACAUGAUCCUGGUCACCCAGCUGGAGCACCUGCAGCGCCAAGGGCUGCUCUCCCUCCAGAAGCUCUGGUUCUACAUCCAGCCCACCAUGAGGACCAUGGAGAUCCAGGCCUUCCUCGCUGCUUCUGUGGACAAAGGGGACUGCCUGGGGGGCUCCACCCUCAGCCUGCUCCACGACAAGACGUUCAACUACACGGGGGACAGCCAGGCGCAGGAGCUGUGCCUCUACCUGACCAAGGCCGCCAGCGUCCCCUACUUUGAAAUCCUGGAGAAGUGGAUCUACAGGGGAAUUAUCAACGACCCUUACGGUGAGUUCAUGGUGGAAGAACAUGAGCUGCAGAAGGAAAAGAUCCAGGAAGAUUAUAACGAUAAAUACUGGGAUCAAAGAUACACCAUUGUUCAGCAACAGAUUCCCUCCUUCCUGCAGAAGAUCGGAGACAAGAUACUGAGCACAGGGAAAUAUUUGAACGUUGUCCGGGAGUGUGGCCGUGACGUUACCUGUCCGGUGGCAAAAGAGGUCAUCUAUACUUUGAAGGAGCGGGAAUACGUGGAGCAGAUAGAGAAGGCCUACAACUACGCCAGCAAAGUCCUGCUGGACUUCCUGAUGGAAGAAAAAGAGCUGGUGGCCCGCUUGAGGUCGAUCAAGCACUACUUCCUGAUGGACCAGGGUGACUUCUACGUGCAUUUCAUGGACCUCACGGAGGAAGAGCUGAAGAAGCCCGUGGAGGACAUCAUCCCGACCAGGCUGGAGGCUCUGCUGGAACUGGCCCUGAGGAUGAGCACUGCGAACACCGACCCCUUCAAGGACGACCUGAAGAUCUACCUGAUGCCCCACGACCUCAUCACGCAGCUCUUGCGCGUCCUGGCCAUCGAGACCCGGCAGGAGAAGGCCAUCGUCCACGCAGAGCCCACGGAGCUGUCCCUGAGUGGCCUGGAGGCCUUCUCUUUCGACUACGUGGUCAAGUGGCCGCUCUCGCUGAUCAUCAACAGGAAGGCCUUGACCCGCUACCAGAUGCUCUUCCGGCACAUGUUCUACUGCAAGCACGUGGAGCGGCAGCUGUGCAACGUCUGGAUCAGCAGCAAAGCAGCCAAGCGGUAUUCGCUGCACUCCUCCAAGUGGUGAGCGGCGGCCUUUGCCUCACGGAGAAGGGUCCUCAGCCCCGUCCAGACCCGUUUCUUCCUUCCUUUCUUCCUCUCUCUGCUGCGUGUCCCGCAGGCCUCCAACAUUGACGAUGUCUUGAGCCACCACACCAGCUUCCUGGACAACUGCCUGAAGGACUGCAUGCUGACCAACCCGGAGCUGCUGAAGAUCUUCUCCAAGAUGAUGUCCGUCUGUGUCAUGUUCACCAGCUACAUGCAGAGGUUCUCCCACAGCAUGAAGCUGGAUGACGAGCUGGGCCGCCUCACGGUGGAGCACGGGACCAUGCGGGGCCCGCCCACCCAGCAGGAGCGGGUGGAGGAGUCUGCACGGAAGCAGCUGGCCAGCAGGCUCCUGGCAGAGCACGCGGACGCCUUGCACGUGACCUCGGGCUUCGAAGCCACCAUCAGCAAGUUCGACAGCAACUUCUCGGCUCACCUCCUGGACCUCCUGGACAAGCUGAGCCUGUACAGCACCAGCGACUGCGAGCACAGCAUGAUCAACAUCAUCUACAGGCUGGACUUCAACGGCUUCUACACGGAGCGCUUGGAGCACCUCUCGGCCGAGCGGAGCCAGAAGGCGGCCGCCCACGCGGCUCCUCCCCGCGUCGCCGUGGCGGCCACUGCCACUGCCCAGUGACCUCCCUCCUCCUCGCGGAGAUGCGUUUUCCCCGGGGGGGGGAGGAGGGGCUGAGCGCACGGGGGGGCGGCAGGCGUGUGCGGCUGGUGCUUCUGAAGCACAAGCGCAGGGGCUGUUGCGGGGGGAGUGUGCUUGUCAAGGAUUGUGUUUCUGAGGUGCGUCUGCACUUUUAUACACAAAACUAUCUUGUACAGUUGUUUUACUUACAAAUAAAAAUCUUUAA